UAUGGGUGAAGGCUUAGUGGAGCAACGUCAAGCUGACGAUAAAGCAUCUUGGGAUGCUUACUGGAAAGUUCGUGAUAUCGAUUCACGAGGAUCCAUCUACCCACGAUUCCGUUAUUAUGCCCAUAAGGCUUUCGACGCCCCAGCAACUUGGUUCAGAGAGACUAUUGUGCAACCACUCAACAACAAGAACCGUCUACCCUACUAUCACCGUCAACUUACACGUGUUCCGGAAAUCGACGAAUGCGGAGUGAACGACAAGGCCUGCUUCUACGAAGCCAAUGAGCAGUACCGUCUUGAUAAAAUGGUCGAUGGAUUUAUUCUGCAAACCCUCCGCCAACGUGUUGAUCGGUGUAUGCUUUACAACAAUCCUGAUCAUUCACCAUGUGCCAAGGUUAUUGAGGAUAUGGAAGAGAAUGAGUUGAAUUUCUUCAUGAAAUACGGAGAGUUGGGAGGAGAAUCCGAUGUUCGUGAUGCUUAUAUGAAGCAGAAGCAUCGAAUGAUCUGGGAACGACGUCAUCCAGAGAUUAUGGAUGAGCGUGCAGCUAAGCUUGCUGAUCAUAAAGCACGACUUGCUAAUGGAGAGUUUGACUAUUCAUUCUGGAAGAAGGGAAUGUUCUAUCAAGACAAGAAGAACUAUGAGCCACCAUAUGAGUUCCAAAUGAGCAAGUCAGCACUCGAGGGUGACAAGCCAUUGUCCAAGGAUUGGGAAUACUACAAGAAGGUCUCACAAGACCCAGAAUUCGACAAGGAUCAAGGAAAGAAGUCCGACUUCCGUCUCUUCUAAUUCUACGCUGUCAAUCUUUUCUUUUUCAAUGAAAUUUUUUAGAACGAAUUGUGUUGAGUUUUCUUAUUCCGUCGUAACAACUUUUUUUUCUUUUUCAUGUUGCGUUCUUUUAUUCCAUUCAGAAAGUGAAUAAAUGUAGAUUGUUUGA